AUGUGUGGCACAGGCAAGCCUCCAAGAGGUCUAAAAAUAUGCUGUGGUAUCACUACAGUUCUUCUGAUCACUGUAAUAGUGGUUGGCUUGGUCUUAUUUCUUACAGUCCUCAAGCCCAGAAAACCAAAAAUCACAACUCAAUCUGUCACCCUGGAUUCUAUCAAAUGGGUAGUAAUACCUGUGUUCCACCUCAAUAUUACCCUAGGCAUAGUGGUUACAGUUGAUAAUCCCAACUAUGGAAGCUUUAAGUAUGACAACAGCACAGUUUUUGUGACCUAUAGAGGCAUUCCUGCGGCUCAAGCACCAAUUCAACAAGACACAAUUCCCGCUAGAGCAAAGCAUGACGUUGGCACAACUGUUGUGGUUGUAGUGGAUAAUUUCUCCUCAAAUCCUUAUUUCUUGGUGGAUCUUACUUCUGGCAGCUUAAACUUCAGUUCAACAACUUCCUUGCAUGGUAAAGCAACGGUGCUCAAAAUCUUGAAAAUCAAGACAACCACUUUUACCACUUGUGACAUCUCUGUAAAUGUGCAGGCUCAGAAUGCAUCUUCUGUCUGUCAUUCAGAGGCUAAGUAUAAACUCUAA